AUGAUUCUUCGGGAAUUCGCGAUCUGCACACUUCUGGUUGCCAGUCUUGUUUGUCUGCAGGCACACUCCACAGAGGAUGCCUACCAGAUGUCGCCGGACGUCGUCGACGAAGAGCAAAAUCUGCUGGAUGCUGCCCUGGUGGAAGGCGAGCUGGAGGAUGUGCCAUCGCUUGAGGGAGAGCGUGUGAGGAUUCGGCUGGGCGGUCGACGCGGACUGGGUGGACGCAUAUUUCGCAGUCGCGGAGGCAGGAUAUUUUGGCAGUACCUAGGCGCGCGUUAG